UAUGGGAGAGCCAUGCUUAGUCAGGAAUGGGUCGGCUCGACCGGAGUGAUACCACGGCCUCACAGAGAACCGGCGUGAAACAACCACAGCGUUGUGUUUCGCCGUGUGACGGCGUGCUAACCGGUAUCGAAUGUGUAUCACGCAACGAUUACCUUCAGAAACCUCUCGAGUCACAGAUCAAGAACGUGGAUGAUAGGAAAUGCGUGAAUCUUCAUCUUGAACAUGUGCCACAGAUCAUGCAUAGAUAA